GGUGGGUUGAGGGUCGGGCACCUAUUGGCUGGGUUUGUGGGGCGCGGCCGCUGCCGGCGGUUAUCGACGGAGGCUCCGCCCCAGAAGCUCGAGACGCUCCCGAUCUGGCAGCUCCCAUCAAGGGGGGGAGGGGAGUGGCUUUUCUCUGAAGGGGGCAGAGCCUGUGGCUGAGAGCCGCUGGGUGUCAGGACGUACGGUUGACCGUCCGUCCAUUCGUCAAUCCGUUUGCCGGUGCUAAAAGACAGGCAGAGGAUUUAUAAAAAAAUCGGACAGCGACAUCUUUCUUGUGUUGUAGUGUGUGUUUGUGUGUGAAUGAAUGUGUGCGUUGGCCUGAUUUCCGAAGGACGGUAGCAGGCAGCAGCUGUGAAGCUUCUCUGCAUUAUUGUUAGUACCGCCACCUUCUCCAUCACCAUAGACACCAAGAGCCAGAGAGGAGCGAUCCAAAUCACAGGGCUACAAUCCCCGAAAGAAGCGCACAACUACUCUACUCUCACUUCGGGAGCUUAUAUAAAAAAUAUAAAAGGCGGCAGCCAAACAUGACAACUGCGACUUCACCUAUUCUGCUUAAAUGGGAUCCCAAAAGCCUAGAAAUACGUACUGUGACAGUGGAACGAUUACUGGAACCAUUGGUCACACAGGUAACUACCCUUGUGAACACAAGCAGCAAGGGUCCAUCAAGUAAGAAGAAAGGUCGAUCCAAGAAAGCACAUGUACUGGCUGCUUCUGUAGAACAAGCAACUCAGAAUUUUUUAGAGAAGGGGGACCAGAUUGCAAAAGAGAGUCAGGAUCUGAAGGAGGAACUUCUGGUGGCGGUGGAUGAUGUACGUAAACAAGGAGAAAGUAUGAGAAUUGCAUCUGCAGAGUUUGCAGAAGAUCCCUGUUCUUCCGUAAAGCGUGGAACCAUGGUUCGGGCAGCCCGUGCUCUGCUUUCUGGAGUAACACGCUUGUUGAUCCUUGCUGACAUGGCAGAUGUCAUGAGGCUUUUAACUCAUUUAAAAAUUGUAGAGGAAUCUUUGGAUGCUGUGAAGAAUGCCACCAAUGAGCAGGAUCUGGCCAGUCGCUUCAAGGAAUUCGGGAAGGAGAUGGUCAAACUUAAUUAUGUGGCUGCUAGAAGACAGCAGGAACUGAAAGACCUUCACUCUAGGGAUGAAAUGGCAGCAGCUCGAGGUGCUUUGAAGAAGAAUGCUACUAUGCUCUAUACUGCCUCCCAAGCAUUCCUCCGACAUCCUGAUGUAGCUGCUACCAGAGUGAAUCGCGAUUAUGUCUUCAAACAAGUACAAGAGGCUAUUGCCGGAAUUUCAAAUGCAGCCCAGUCGACUUCAGUGCCAGAUGAUAAACAUGGACCUAUUGGCAUUGGUGAGCUAGCUGCAGCACUGAAUGAAUUUGAUAAUAAGAUAAUUUUGGAUCCUAUGCACUUCAGCGAACAGCGAUAUAGGCCAUCUCUUGAGGAGAGGUUGGAGAGUAUUAUCAGUGGGGCUGCACUGAUGGCCGACUCUUCAUGCACACGUGAUGAUCGACGUGAGAGAAUUGUGGCUGAGUGUAAUGCUGUACGACAGGCUCUUCAGGAUCUUCUAACUGAGUACAUGAAUAAUACUGGGAGGAAAGAGAAAGGUGACCCACUCAAUGCUGCCAUUGAAAAAAUGACAAAGAAAACAAGGGAUCUGCGACGACAGCUACGCAAGGCUGUCAUGGAUCACAUCUCUGACUCGUUUUUGGAGACCAAUGUCCCUCUUUUGGUGCUUAUUGAGGCAGCAAAGAGCGGCAAUGAAAAGGAGGUGAAAGAAUAUGCACAAGUCUUCCGUGAACAUGCCAACAAACUGGUUGAGGUCGCAAACUUGGCAUGCUCCAUCUCAAAUAAUGAGGAAGGCGUGAAGUUGGUUCGCAUGGCGGCAACACAGAUCGAUAGCCUCUGCCCACAGGUAAUUAAUGCAGCAUUGACUCUGGCUGCUCGGCCCCAGAGUAAAGUUGCUCAAGAUAACAUGGAUGUCUUCAAAGACCAAUGGGAGAAGCAAGUACGCGUUUUGACGGAGGCUGUCGAUGACAUCACUUCAGUUGAUGAUUUUCUGGCUGUAUCAGAAAAUCACAUAUUGGAGGAUGUGAACAAGUGUGUGAUAGCACUGCAGGAAGGUGAUGUAGACACACUUGAUAGGACUGCUGGGGCCAUCCGAGGACGGGCAGCAAGAGUUAUCCAUAUCAUCAGUGCUGAGAUGGAGAAUUACGAGCCUGGUGUAUACACUGAGAAAGUAAUGGAGUCCACAAAGUUACUCUCAGAGACUGUUAUGCCUCGUUUUGCUGAACAAGUGGAAGUCGCAAUUGAAGCAUUGAGUGCAAAUCCCCCACAGGCUUUCGAGGAGAAUGAGUUCAUAGAUGCUUCACGCUUAGUUUACGAUGGAGUACGUGACAUAAGGAAAGCAGUGCUGAUGAUAAGGACUCCAGAAGAACUGGAGGAUGAUUCAGACUUUGAACAAGAAGACUAUGAUGUCCAGAGCCGAACAAGUGUUCAGACCGAGGAUGACCAGCUUAUUGCAGGGCAAAGCGCACGGGCUAUCAUGGCUCAGUUGCCACAAGAGGAAAAAGCAAAGAUUGCUGAGCAAGUGGAGAGCUUCCACCAGGAGAAGAACAAGCUUGAUGCCGAGGUCGCGAAAUGGGAUGACAGUGGCAAUGACAUCAUUGUCUUAGCCAAGCAGAUGUGUAUGAUUAUGAUGGAAAUGACCGAUUUCACCAGGGGCAAGGGUCCGCUAAAGAAUACAUCCGAUGUAAUCAACGCAGCAAAGAAGAUUGCGGAGGCAGGGUCCAGGAUGGAUAAACUAGCUCGAGCUGUUGCUGACCAGUGUCCUGAUUCUGCCUGUAAGCAGGAUUUGUUGGCCUACCUACAGCGCAUUGCACUCUACUGCCACCAACUCAAUAUCUGCAGCAAGGUGAAGGCAGAAGUCCAAAACCUGGGAGGAGAGUUGAUUGUAUCUGGGGUAAGCAGCAAUUAA